UCCAGCGACGUCGCGGGGGUCCUGGGACGCGCGGGGGCACCGAGGCGGGACCGAGAAGGGCGGGCGGUGACUCCGCGCUGGAAGUACGCGAGGCGCUUUGCUCAGGCGCUUUGCCAUUCUACUUUACAGCACAAACCUAUUAGAAAUUGUCUCGAUUUCGUAGACAAGAUGCCUGGUACCUUGUAGAGAAGCCACCGUGGAGACCGACUUAAGUUCAGAUUCUGCUUCCUGCACCUCGUAGUGGUAUGCAAAGAAGCCUUUUCAUCCUGAUGUCUUCAGAGAUACUAUGGAUCAGUCCGGAGUACUCCUCUGGGUAAAAGCAGAACCUUUUAUAGUGGGUGCCUUGCAGACCCCCCCUCCACCCAAAUUCAGUCUCCAUUAUCUCAGGAAGAUAUCCACCUAUGUGCAAACCCGGGCCUCAGAGGGUGCUUACCCACGUCUGUACUGGUCUACGUGGAGGCACAUUGCAUGUGGGAAGCUACAGUUGGCUAAGGAUCUGGCAUGGCUCUACUUUGAAAUAUUUGAUAAUCUUUCGGUGAGGACACCCGAGGAGCGCCUGGAAUGGUCUGAAAUUUUGUCCAACUGCACAUCUGAAGAUGAAGUUGAAAAGCAAAGAAAUCAGCUGUCCGUGGACACCCUACAGUUUCUGCUCUUCUUAUAUAUACAGCAGUUAAACAAAAUCUCACUGAGGACAUCUUUGAUUGGAGAAGAGUGGCCUAGUCCCAGAAACAGAUCUCAGUCUCCUGACCUGACUGAAAGGUCCAGUUGUCAUAAUAAGAAUUGGAAUGACUGCCGUCACCAGGCUUUUGUCUACGAUCAUCUUUCAGAUCUCCUUGAGUUGCUUUUAGAUCCAGAACAGCUCACAACAUCCUUUCAUUCAACCCGUAGUAGCCUACUCUCUCAGGAAGCUGUGGUGGCACUCAGCUUUCUAAUUGAAGGCACUGUCAGUAGAGCCAGGAAGGUCUAUCCCCUUCAUGAACUCGCACUGUGGCAACCACUGCAUGCAGAAAGUGGCUUCUCAAAGAUCUCUAGGACUUUCUCUUUCUCCAAGCUGGAAGCCUGGUUGAGAGCCUGCUUGACUGGGAAUCCGUUUGGUCCAUCUGCUUGCCUCAAAUCUGGAAAGAAAUUGGCUUGGGCUCACCAAGUGGAAGGUACGACCAAACGAGCAAAGAUUGCUUGUAAUGCUCAUGUGGCCCCUAGGCUGCACCGUAUGGUGCUGAUGAGCCAGGUCUACAAGCAGACACUGGCCAAGAGCUCAGACACUCUGGUGAGAGCACACGUCAGGAUUCAUCGCUGCAACGAAUCUUUUAUAUAUCUGCUCUCCCCCUUACGCUCUGUGACAGUUGAAAAGUGCAGGAAUAGCACCUUUGUCUUGGGCCCUGUGGAGACGUCUCUUCACAUCCAUGACUGUGACAAUGUAAAAGUCAUUGCUGUCUGCCAUCGAUUGUCCAUCUCUUCUACAACAAGUUGCACUUUCCACAUUCUGACACCUUCACACCCACUUAUUCUCUCUGGAAACCAGAGAGUCACUUUUGCUCCCUUUCACACCCAUUACCCAAUGCUAGAGGACCAUAUGGCCAGGAGUGGCCUUGCUACAGUGCCUAACUAUUGGGAUAACCCAGUGGUUGUGUGCAGAGAAAGCGGCAACACAAGGGUCUUCCGGCUUUUACCACCCUGUGAGUUCUACAUAUUUAUUAUUCCUUUUGAAAUGGAAGGGGACACAGCAGAGAUUCCUGGUGGUCUUCCAUCUGCUUAUCAGGAAGCACUGGCUCAAAGAGAGCAGAACUUACAGAGCUGGCAGAAAACUGUGAAGGAGGCUCACUUGACAAAGGAUAAGAGGAAGCAGUUCCAGGUACUUGUGGAGAACAAGUUUUAUGAAUGGUUGAUUAAUACAGGACAUCGCCAACAGCUGGACAGCCUUGUUCCCCCUGCAGCGGGCUCCAGACAAGCAGCAGGCUAGGACUCCUGUGUCAGCUCGCUGGGCUCUAAGAACAUGAAGAUGAAGGAGGACGGUGCCCAUAUUAAAGCUAAACUGGGACCGGGUGUGCUGGCACUUCCUAUAAUCCCAGCAUUUGGGAGGCAGAGGCAAGUGGAUCUCCAUGAGCC